GUGCACAUCAGCAGCCCCUUUUCUCCUUUAUUUAAAGCUGCCAGCCCAUUUCCCCGAAGAAGUGGAGGGAGAUAUCCAUCAGAGCUUACGUUUCAGUCACAGACUUCCAACCCCGCAGCCUUCUAAGAAGAGCCUGAGCCGCCUGUUUCUCCCAACUCGUUAACUAUAACAUAUAUCCUUGAUCAAGAAACAAAGCAGACUUCAAACCAAACAUUUCUUCUUCUUCUUCUUCUUCUUCAUAGAUCCUUGGAGAAUCAAUCAGCCAUGGAAGACAUCUCCGUCUUUUCUGCUUCGCCUGGUUUUCUAAUGAAGAUGGCGAUGUUCGCAGUGAUUCAAGUUCUGGUGUACCUUAUCCUCUCCAACUCCUCCGCGAUUUUCUCGGCGAACGACGGCUCCCACAGCCUUCGAUCAUCUCGCUCGGCCAGCAUCCGUCGCUUGCUGGCCGGAGUAUCAGAUCUCCCGUCUCGCGGCGAGCUCACCUGCAAUACUUUCCCUUCUUCCUCUGCCUGCGCCGCCGCGGUCUCUGCAGGUCAACAAACAAGUAGACUAUCUAUUCAUAAAGGCAUAAUGAUUACAAAUCAAAUGAUCAAGAUCUCAUCUGGCUUACUUGUGGAAAAUACUUUUUCACUGCUACAUUUCAUACUUAUGUAGCAGUGCCCCCACAAGCCCCCCUUAAUCCUCCUUUGCGCUUGGAGAAAAGACAGAGAGUAGAUCACUACAU